AUGCCACAACAAUCAUAAUUUAGAUUUAGUUAAGCAAAAUCAAUCUCUAUUAACCCACCAAGUUAGACUUUGCAUUUAAGUAACAUCAAAGGGAAAAUGUGUGAAGAUGAUACCUAUAUUAAGGAAUUAUUCAAAGGUAUUGGAAAUGUAUAGGCUAUCAAAUUCAUCCACAUCGAUAAAUAAAAACAUAUGGCAUUAGUAAGAUUAUCAUCAUUAGAAGAAGCAUUGAAUGGAGCAGCUUUACUUCACGGAAAAGAAGUAAUGGGCAGAAAAAUUAAUGUUUCAUUUACCAAAAGUAAAUUAUGCUGA